GGAAGGCUUUUUACUCGCAAACUUGGUUUUUUGCAGGUCCGACGUGCACCUGUUUCACCGCUGCAACCAACUUUGGACAACUACUCUCCAGCCUUUUCCGGUAAUGAGACACUAGGGUUCAGUUUUGGACGUUCAAUAUCGUUUCCGUUUCAGCAGUCAUCCGGUUCUAGCCAGUUCGUGAGCAGUAACGGGAUCGGAAACGUACUGGGAAGCGAAUUGGGAAGUGGAAUGGGAAGUGGCAUGUCGCAAACGGGAUUGAAUGUACCAGCCAUGCCAUUGCUCCUCAGCGGUGAAAAUGGCACACCUGAGGCUAUAAAUGCCUUACGAAAUCAACAGUAUCUGGCACAACUCGCCCGUCAUCAGUCUGAAUUAACUCGUUACAAUGCGAAACAACUGGAGUAUCUCGAUCAACAACGGCGUUACCAACAAUCAAUGAUCGAUCAUCAGGCUGGGGCUGCGCUGCUCAUGCAGAAACAGCAGCAGGACAUAAUAAACGAGCAACUGAAACAGGUUCAGUCGUCUUUUGGGCGAAGUGAUUCACUCGGAAACGAUAAUACAGUGGGAGGAAGGGCUUUGAGGAUAAUUAAAAUGCUUAUUCAAGGGCUGACCGAUGACGACAUUAUUACGAACGAUCAGCAUUUGAGGGAGUACUUCAAGGAAAAGUAUGGAAUUGAACUGCCCGCCGAAGCAAGUGAAUUGACAAUUGAAGAGCGGGAAACCCUUAGAGCGCUGAAGAAGGUUCUAUCAGAAAACAAGGAAUCGGCAAUCGAUAAAGGUGUUUUCAAAACGAUGGACUCUUUUAGAAGCAAAAUGCGAUCACCGCAAUCGCAUCAUCGAUCAGCUUCGAAGCAGACUUCGAAUAAGACAUCUUACCCUGGGAGCUGCCCACAGUGUAUUCCUCAUAAUAUCACAAUGAUGAGAGGCGGAUGGACUCAGUUGUAUGGAAAUCCAAACGUUAUUCGACAAACGUUCGGAGCCAUUAUGAGCCUUGAAAGUGCACGAUCCACAAAUGGAAAGAUGACAUUUAGUUCAAAGAAAACGGCGUGUGUUGGACUUGAAAUUGGACAUUAUUACAAGGGUUCAGCAGAAUUGAAUAUGUACUACAGGGACGAUGCCGAAGGAAAUGAGCUUCAUGAGGAAACAAGAUACGAGUACAUGGUUUUCUCUGAGACUUCGGGUAAAAACGCUUGCAGGUCGUAUCACGCGUUUGCUCGCAAUACGGACGAGUUCAAUCGGCGGUUCUUCGAUGACGUGUCCGAGUUCAUGAAAACUGUGAGUGCCUACAACGGUUAUCUCAUUUCUCCACUCCCUAGCACUUUCCCCGAUUGA